GUUGUGCAGGAGCGGGCGAGAGUGCAGGCGGUGUGGGUGCAUGCGCGGCAGCCCUGGGCCGGGCCGCUCGCGGGCGGCCUCACCUGCAGGGAGGGGCCUCCCAGAAACUGCCUUCCCCGGUGCCGGCCGCCCCACCUCACCAGACCCAGCUGACCAGCCAGCAAGGACGCCCGCCCGCCACCCACCUGCCCUCCUGUGCGUGCUGAGCCAACCUGAGCCAGCACCUGCCUCCACGACCAUGUUCAAGGGGCUGAGCAAAGGCUCCCAGGGCAAGGGGUCCCCCAAGGGAUCCCCGGCCAAGGGGUCCCCCAAGGGUUCCCCCAGCAAGCACAGCCGGGCUGCCACCCAGGAACUGGCUCUGCUCAUCUCCCGAAUGCAAGCCAACGCCGACCAGGUGGAGCGGGACAUCCUGGAGACCCAGAAGAGGCUGCAGCAGGACCGGCUGAACAGCGAGCAGAGCCAGGCCCUGCAGCAUCAGCAGGAGACGGGCCGCAGCCUGAAAGAGGCCGAGGUGCUGCUCAAGGAUCUCUUCCUGGACGUGGACAAGGCCCGGCGGCUCAAGCACCCACAGGCCGAGGAGAUCGAGAAGGAUAUCAAGCAGCUGCAUGAGCGGGUGACCCAGGAAUGUGCCGAGUACCGCGCCCUGUACGAGAAGAUGGUGCUGCCGCCUGACGUAGGGCCCAGGGUUGACUGGGCACGCGUGCUGGAGCAGAAACAGAAGCAGGUCUGCGGGGGCCAGUACGGGCCGGGCAUGGCAGAGCUGGAGCAGCAGGUUGCCGAGCACAACAUCCUGCAGAAGGAGAUCGAUGCCUACGGGCAGCAGUUGCGGAACCUCGUGGGGCCGGAUGCGGGUGCCAUCCGGAGCCAGUACCGGGACCUCCUGAAGGCGGCCUCAUGGCGCGGGCAGAGCCUGGGCAGCUUAUACACGCACCUGCAGGGCUGCACGCGGCAGCUGAGCGCCCUGGCCGAGCAGCAGCGCCGCAUCCUGCAGCAGGACUGGAGCGACCUCAUGGCCGAUCCCGCGGGUGUGCGGCGGGAGUACGAGCACUUCAAGCAGCACGAGCUGCUGAGCCAGGAGCAGAGUGUGAACCAGCUGGAGGACGAUGGCGAGCGCAUGGUGGAACUCAGGCACCCCGCAGUGGGGCCCAUCCAGGCCCACCAGGAGGCCCUGAAGAUGGAGUGGCAGAACUUUCUGAACCUGUGCAUCUGCCAGGAGAGCCAGUUGCAGCACGUGGAUGACUACCGCCGGUUCCAGGAAGAAGCUGACUCAGUCAGCCAGACCUUGGCGAAGCUCAACUCUUGCCUUGACACCAAGUACGGUCUUGCACCUGAGGGCCUCCCUGGCACCCCUGUAGAACUUCUGCGACAGCUGGAGGCAGAGGAGAAGCAGCUGGCUGUCACCGAGAGGACCGUUGGGGACCUGCAGCAGCAGAGCCGACAUGUGGCACCUCUGCCACAGCGCAGAAACCCGCCCCAGCAGCCCCUGCACGUGGACAGCAUCUGCGACUGGGACUCAGGAGAAGUGCAGCUGCUGCAGGGUGAGCAGUACACACUGGUGGACAACAUGGAUCCACACACCUGGGUGGUGCAGGGCCCCGGUGGGGAGACCAAGAGUGCCCCCGCUGCCUGUUUCUGCAUCCCAGCGCCGGACCCUGAAGCCGUGGCCAGGGCCUCCCGGCUGGUCUCGGAGCUGCAGGCCCUGAAGCAGAAAUUGGCCACAGUGCAGAGCCGCCUGCAGGCCAGUGCUGUGGAGUCUGCACGGCCCAGCCAGCAGGGUAUCAAGGGCGACCUGGGGAGGGAGCGGAGUCGAUUCCUACUUCCUGGGGGGGCUUUGAUGGGCAGGGUUCCAGGUGGCUCUGCCCCGGCCAACCCACAGGCCCAGAAGCUCCUGACACAGAUGACCCGGCUGGAUGGGGACCUGGGGCAGAUAGAGAAGCAGGUGCUGGCCUGGGCACGGACCCCACUGAGCCGCACCACGUCGCUGGAGGACCUGGAGGGCCGAAUCCACAGCCAGGAGGGCAUGGCCCAGUGCCUGCAGAGUCUGGGAGCCGAGAAGGAGACAGCCCAGCAGGAGUGCGAGGCUUUUCUGUCGGCGAGGCCCACGGGCCCCGCCGCCCUGCAGCUGCCCGUGGCCCUCAACAAUGUCAAGAACAAGUUCAGCGAUGUACAAGUUCUGUGCCAUCUCUAUGGAGAGAAAGCCAAGGCUGCCCUGGGCCUGGAGCAGCAGAUCCGGGACGCGGACAGGGUCAUUGGGGGCUUCGAGUCCAGCCUGGCGCAGGAGGCCCCCAUCCCUGCUGAGCCAGGGGCGCUGCAGGAGAGGGUCAGCGAGUUCCAGCGCCAGCGGAAGGAGCUGCUGGAACAGCAGGCCUGCGUGCUGGGCCUGCACCGCGCGCUCAAGGCCACCGAGCACGCAUGCGCUGCACUGCAGAACAACUUUCAGGAGUUCUGCCAAGACUUGCCACGCCAGCAGCGCCAGGUGCGCGCCCUCACUGACCGCUACCACGCUGUGGGGGACCAGCUGGAUCUGCGGGAGAAGAUAGUGCAGGAUGCUGGCCUCACCUUCCAGCAGUUCAAGAACUGCAGGGACAACCUGAGCUCCUGGCUGGAGCACCUACCCCACAACCAGGUGCGGCCCAGCGACGGGCCCAGCCAGAUCGCCUACAAGCUGCAAGCACAGAAGAGGCUGAUGCAGGAGAUCCAGCGCCGAGAACAGGACCGGGCCAUGGUGUCCCGCCUCUCCCAGAACCUUCAGACGGCUCUCCAAGACUAUGACCUGCAGGCAGACACCUACCGCUGCUCCUUGGAGCCCACCCUGGCAGUGUCAGCCCCCAAAAGACCCCGAGUGGCUCCCCUGCAGGAGAGCAUCCAGGCCCAGGAGAAGAACCUUGCAAAGGCUUAUACUGAGGUUGCAGCGGCCCACCAGCAGCAGAUGCACCAGCUGGAGUUUGCUAGGAAGAUGCUGGAAAAGAAGGAGCUCAGUGAGGACAUCCAGGCGACCCAUGACAUGAAGCAGGGGUCCGAGAGCCCAGCCGGAGCAGGGAGAGAGUCACAGGCCCUGAAGUCCCAGCUGGAGGAGGAGAGGAAGCGGGUGGCCCAGGUGCAGCGCGAGCUGGCGGAGCAGAGGAGCCAGCUGCUGCAGCUGAGGACCCAGCGGCCUUUGGAGAGGCUGGAGGAGAAGGAGGUGGUGGAGUUUUACCGGGACCCCCAGCUGGAGAGCAGCCUGGCCAAGGUGAAGGCCCAGGUGGAAGAGGAGGGCAGGAGGCGUGCCACCCUGCAGGCAGACCUGGAGGCAACGGCCCAGAAGGUCGUGCAGCUGGAGAGCCAGAGGAAGACCACGCAGCCUCAUCUGCUGACCAAGGAGGUCACCCAGAUCGAGAGGGACCCUCGCCUGGACAGCCAGGCAGCCCAGCUCAGCAGAGAGAUCCAGCAGCUCCGGGGGGAGGACACCGUCGUCUCGGCCCGGCUGGAAGAGCUGAAGAAGGAGCUGCUGGCCCUUGAGCGGAAGGAGGUGGACGUGAAGGAGAAAGUCGUGGUGAAAGAAGUGGUCCAGGUGGAGAAGGAUCCGGAAAUGGUCAAGGCAGCCCGGGCUCUGAGGCUGCAGAUCGAGGAGGACACCGCGCAGAGGAAGCGGGCGGAGGAGGCCGUGGCCACGCUGCGGGCUCGCAUCGAAGACCUGGAGCGGGCCAUCAGCUCGGUGGAGCCCAAGGUCAUUGUGAAGGAGGUGAAGAAGGUGGAGCAGGACCCAGGCCUUCUCCAGGAGUCCGCCCGGCUGAGGAGUCUCCUCGAGGAGGAGAGGAGCAAGAACGCCACGCUGGCCCGGGAGCUGAGGGACCUGCGUGGCAAGCACAGCGCCGCCGAGAAGCAGAAGCCCAAGGUGCAGCUGCAGGAGCGCGUCAGCGAGGUCUUCCAGGUGGACCCUGACACGCAGGAGGAGAUCGCGCGGCUCCGGGCCCAGCUGCAGGAGACCGCGGGCAAGAGGAGUCACAUGGAGAAGGCGGUGGAGACGCUGCGGCCUGAGCUGGAGGUCCUGCGCGCCCAGAAGCCCGCGGUGGAGUACAAGGAGGUGACCCAGGAGGUGGUGAGGCACGAGAGGAGCCCCGAGGUGCUGCGCGAGGUCGACCGCCUGAAGGCCCAGCUCAACGAGCUGGUCAACACGCACGGGCGCACACAGGAGCAGCUCAUCCGCCUGCAGGGCGAGCGCGACCAGUGGAAGCGUGAGCGGGCCAAGGUGGAGACCAAGACGGUGAGCAAGGAGGUGGUGCGCCACGAGAAGGACCCGGUCCUGGAGAAGGAGGCGGAGCGGCUCCGCCAGGAGGUGCGGGAGGCCACCCAGAAGAGGCGGGCCGCGGAGGACGCCGUCUACGAGCUGCAGAGCAAGUGCCUGCUGCUGGAGAGGAGGAAGCCCGAGGAGAAGGUGGUGGUGCAGGAGGUGGUGGUCACCCAGAAGGACCCGAAGCUGCGCGACGAGCACGGCCGGCUGAGCCAGAGCCUGGAUGAGGAGGUGGGCCGGCGGCGGCAGCUGGAGCUCGAGGUGCAGCAGCUGCAGGCCAGCGUGGAGGAGCAGGAGGGCCUGCUCAGCUUCCAGGAGGACCGCAGCAAGAAGCUGGCCGUGGAGCGGAAGCUGCGGCAGCUGACCCUGCGGAUCCAGGAGCUGGAGCAACGCCCCCCCGUGGUGCAGGAGAAGAUCAUCACGGAGGAAGUGGUCAAGCUGGAGAAGGACCCGGAUCUGGAGAAGUCCACGGAAGCCCUGCGGCGGGACCUGGACCAGGAGAAGGCCCGGGUGACAGAACUGCACCGGGAGAGCAAGAACCUGCAGGUCCAGAUCGACGUCCUCCAGAAAACCAAGUCGCAGGAGAAGACCAUCUACAAGGAGGUGAUCCGGGUGCAGAAGGACCGGGCGCUGGAGGACGAGCGGGCCCGUGUGUGGGAGGUGCUCACCCGGGAGCGCGCAGCCCUGCAGGGCCGGGAGGAGGAGGCGCGGCACCUGCGGCAGCGGAUCGACAGGGCGGAGGCGCUGGGGGGGACCUGGUCGCGGGAGGAGGCCGAGCUGCAGAAGGCCCGGGACCAGGCGGGCCAGGAGUGCGGGCGGCUGCAGCAGGAGCUGCGGGCGCUGGAGAGGCAGAAGCAGCAGCAGGCGCUGCAGCUGCAGGAGGAGUCGAGGCUGCUCAGCCAGAAGACGGAGAGUGCGCGGCAGAAGGCGGCCCAGCGGGGCCAGGCGCUCUCACAGCUCGAGGCGGCCAUCCUCCGCGAGAAGGACCAGAUCUACGAGAAGGAGCGUGCCCUGCGGGACCUGCAUACCAGGGUGAGCCGGGAGGAGCUCAGCCAGGAGACCCCGACACGGGAGAACAACCUCUCCACCAAGAUCUCCAUCCUGGAACCCGAGACAGGGAAGGACAUGUCCCCGUAUGAGGCCUACAAGAGGGGCAUCAUCGACCGAGGCCAGUACCUCCAGCUGCAGGAGCUCGAGUGUGACUGGGAGGAGGUCACCACCUUGGGCCCCUGCGGGGAGGAGUCUGUGCUCCUGGACCGCAAGAGCGGAAAGCAGUACUCCAUCGAGGCCGCCCUCCGCUGCCGGCGCAUCUCCAAGGAGGAGUACCAUCUGUACAAGGACGGCCGCCUGCCCAUCUCAGAGUUUGCCCUGCUUGUGGCCGGGGAGACCAAGCCGAGCUCCUCGCUUUCCAUCGGCUCCAUCAUCUCCAAGUCCCCACUCGCCUCCCCAGCCUCCCAGAGCACCGGUUUCUUCGCUCCUGGCUUCUCUCUCGGGUUCGGUGACGACAGCUUCCCCAUCGCCGGGAUCUACGACACAACCACAGACAACAAGUGCAGCAUCAAGACGGCCGUGGCCAAGAACAUGCUGGACCCCAUCACUGGGCAGAAGCUGCUGGAAGCCCAGGCGGCCACGGGGGGCAUCGUGGACCUGCUUAGCCGCGAGCGCUACUCUGUGCACAAGGCCGUGGAGAGGGGCCUGAUCGAGAACACCUCCACGCAGAGGCUGCUCAACGCCCAGAAGGCCUUCACUGGCAUCGAGGACCCUGUCACCAAGAAGAGGCUGUCGGUGGGCGAGGCCGUCCAGAGGGGCUGGAUGCCCUGGGAGAGCGUGCUCCUGCACCUGCAGGUGCAGCACCUGACCGGGGGGCUCAUCGACCCUAAGAAGACAGGCCGCAUUCCUGUCCCACAGGCUCUGCUCUCCGGAAUGAUCAGCGAAGAGCUGGCCCAGCUCCUGCAGGACGAGUCCAGCUACGAGAAGGAUCUGACAGACCCCAUCUCCAAGGAACGGCUGAGCUACAAAGAGGCCAUGGGCCGCUGCCGCAAAGACCCCCUGAGCGGUCUGCUGCUCCUCCCAGCCGCGCUGGAGGGGUACCGCUGCUACCGCUCGGCCUCUCCCACAGUCCCACGCUCCCUGCGCUGAUGCAGGCCAAGCAGCCGGGACAGUGUGUGCGUUGGGGCAGGUAGGAUGCAGCUACCCUCACCCCAGGGCAGCUGAUCCCAGGCAGUGGGUCUUCCCUCUCUCCGACCACAGUCCUGUUAUUUUAUUACUCAAACAUUUAUGGUGUUGGGCUCCCUCCCCUUAUCUUGGUGCCCGAUCCAUCCCCAGACCAG